AUGGCUUUAAAAAAAAUUUAUAAUGGCCAUUUUCGUAGAAUACCAUCAAGCGGAAAAAUUGAAAAAAGCUUUUCUACUGAUAAAAAUGUUGAAAAAUCAAAUGAAAAUCAAACUAAAAAAAAGGAUUAUGGAGUUGUAGAUAACAUCAUAUAUGGAGCAGGUAUAGGCGUAGGAGCAGUAGGAUUAGCUCUUGCAAUAAUAAGUUCAACUGUUAUUGCCUCCACUUUACUAUUUUCUACAUAUUUUUGUGUAAAUACAUGUAACGUAAAAGAAGACGAAAUAAAAAGUGGAUAUCAAUAG